AUCCUCCUAAAUUUGGAAGAAGGUCUCCGCAGCAGCCUCCUUAACCAGGACACCCAGAGAACGAGAGGAGAAUCGUCCAAGAUGGUUCAGCGUCUUACCUACCGCAAGCGCCAUAGCUAUGCUACCAAGUCUAACCAGCACCGUGUCGUCAAAACCCCUGGCGGGAAGCUUGUGUACCAGACUACCAAGAAAAGAGCCAGUGGUCCGAAAUGUCCGGUUACCGGCAAAAGGAUUCAGGGAAUUCCUCACUUGAGGCCAGCUGAAUAUAAGAGGUCUAGAUUGGCUAGAAACCGGAGGACUGUUAAUCGUGCAUACGGCGGUGUUCUAUCUGGCGGUGCCGUUAGAGAGAGAAUUAUUCGGGCCUUUUUGGUGGAAGAGCAAAAGAUUGUGAAGAAGGUAUUGAAGAUUCAGAAGGCGAAGGAGAAGCUUGCAUCAAAGAGCUAAAUUAUUAAUAGGAUGGUCCAUGUCGGUGUAGGAAGUGUAGAAGAAGAGAAGGAAACGUGGUUGAUAGGGGUUUGUAUUGUUCAUAGUGUGUAGGAGUUGACAGUUUCAAAAAGUUUAUAGAACAAAGAAUUCCACAUGAAUAUGGUGAUGGGAGUUAAAGGUGGGCAGCCAUGGAAGGUUGGUAUGCUAUAACAUUGCUUGC